UCUAGAAAAUUACAUUUAUUUACAAAAUGGCGAAAUCAAGAUUCGAUUUAAAAUUCGUCAUCAUCAUCGCCAUCAUUCCAAUCAUCAAUGGAGUCCCCCUUGACUUAAAGUCAAUCGGAAGUAACUGGACGACCGAAGACGUUGAAAACUUCAAGCAGAAUGCAAUCACUAACCUGAAACAACUCGCCGUCUUCAACUGCACUAUGAUUUUCUUCCCAAUCGAAGAAACCAUCCAGUCCUUGAAGGAAUGUAGCAAUUCCUUGACCACUGGUGGACAUGGUCACAGACGAAAAAGAGACGUCAUUUCGGAAAUUGAAGCAUUUUUAGGUUAUCAUCCCGAACCCAUUCAUUUUUUCACGUCGACACGAAACCGACGAGUUCGAGGCGUACCUAAAAUUUUGACAAAAGGUGUCCACGACGAGAGUGAAGAUCCGUGCAUUGGACACUGCGUACUCCAAAAGUUGGGGAUGGUUGACGCUCAAGGGACGCCGGACAAGGAGGUUUUGACCCAAAAAAUUACCAACUUUCUGACCCACACUAAAGGUUACGACGCCAAAGUAGGUGACGUUCCGGGACAGGCAGAAGCUAUCGUGACGAGUUGUAUGACCCAGAGGAAAAAGCAGUUGGAGAAAUUGUACGAUGGUGGUGGCAAUAUUGAGGUGUCGAAAUGCUCGGCAGCCACAAAGCUGGGAGGCUGCUUAUCCAAAGAUACUUUAAAGGCUUGCAUUGCAAGAAAUUCAGGGACACCGGGUACCACAAAGUAAAAAAAGGUCACGUGGGGCCAUUGUAAUUUGAAUAAAAAUACCAAUCCAUGUUUUAACGUGAAUAUAUAACCACGUUUCA